AUGAAAAUGAUGGAAACAAUUUUGGAGGCGAAUCUAAUGGAUCGAAUCGAAAUGUCCUAUAAUCUGAUUUGUUUCUUACUUGGAGUACCCAUAAAUUUGAUAACACUCAGGUGGCUUCUCGGACGGGAACGUGGAUCGUCUUCAGUGUUACAUGUCCACUUGAAUAUAUCGGAUCUGUUGGUGCUCUUCUGCUAUUGUUUUGCACGUUUCUGUUGGUUAGUCACCUACGAAUGGAAAGCUGGUCAGAUGAUGUGCAAGACGAUGAGGUUCGCAGAAUCGUUGAGUUUCAGCGUAUCGAGUUAUAUUGUUGUUUGCAUUGCCGUCAAUCGUUUCUGCACUCUCAGACAUCCACUCAAGUCAGCAGUCAACUGGGAGCAACGAGUCAGAACACUGUCGUGCUCGGCAUGGUUGUUCGCAGUGUUAUUCUCAGUGCCACAGCUAUUUGUAUGGGAUGUGUACACAUUGGAUGAUAAUUAUACACAAUGCCUUAAUAUCUGGGUUAAAGAAACUGUCGAUACAAUGCUAAACGAUGCAGAAUCUGGCGUCAAUGCAACGGCAGGAAAUCCGGAACAUUGGGAUGAUGCAGUUCGACUGUAUGAAAUGUACCAUUUGCUGGUCAUCUUUUGGAUUCCAUUACUGAUACUCAUAUGUUUUUAUGCACUUAUCAUUCACGAAAUGUAUGUCACGAUGGCGUUAUGUGAUAAUAAACAGCUCAGUCGUCAGUCGUCAUCGUCAGCCCAGAAUCGUUUCAGUUUGAGACGAAGCUCGAAAUCGACGCAAAUAAUGAAGCGAAAUCGUUGGUGUGCGCUGCGUUCAACUCUUAUUCUGAUGACUGCUUACACACUUUGUUGGUUACCGUACAAUUCGCUUGCUUUAUGGGGUGUUAUCGACCCGGAAAGUUACAUGGAACACGAGAAUACCGUAUAUAUUAUGCACGGAUUGGUUGUGUUAAAUUCAGUGAUUAAUCCGUGUAUUUACGGUGGCGCUUUUCGGAGAGCGCUUCGUUCUCAGCGUAAAGGAACCAAAAUUUACAAGAGUAUUGCACUUGAGCAAAACGCUUAG